CAUGACUUUCUUUACACGCAACACCAUUAUUGCAAGGUUUCUCUGGAGCUGUUUUGUCAUUGACUAGUACACUUUUUAUAAAUUUAAACGCGCACAGAGAGAAUGGCGGCCCACAACAACAAGUACCAAGUAGUGGUGCGAGGAGAAGCUUCCGAGACGGAUUCAGAUGAGGAGCUGUAUAUAACUUCAGUUUCUUCUUCUGCGCACUCGAUCGCAGCUGAUUUGAAAGUUCCUGGAGAGGCGCCGGAGACAGACAGCGAAGAGGAACCAGAUGAUGACGGGCAAAACGCCCAGGUUUCUGCUGGAAACACUUUUCAUUCGGCUAUACCGCCGCUUGUCGUAACGAAGGAGGCUAAAGAGAGGAACGCUGAACAUUGCUCUGCGACCAAAGCUGAGCAGGGCGGUCGCUGCAGUACUUUACUUGAGCAGAAACUGCAAGAGAGCAAUUGGCGACUGUACGACGACGUACGACACAUGUACCGGCACGUGCACUGCAGCGCGAGCAAAGAGAUCCGCGCGGCUACUGCUUCUCUGAGCAGUUCGCAGAACGGCAUAAUCACUUCAUCUCAUAGCAUUCGGCUCAUUCUCGAGGACCUCAAGUGCGUCUCUGAGAAAAUCGAUAUCAUCACAAAUUGCUGCUUACUGCCUGAUAUCGUCAUUAGCACGUCCUAACGCGGAGACAUGUUGUACAAAUGUGUGUGUGUGUGUGUGUGUGUGUGUGUGUGUGUGUGCGCGCGUGCGCGCUGCAUAAAAACUGGUACAACGGCAGCUCGCGUACCCUAGCGUGGAUAAGGUCGAACGAAUCGUAAAAAUAAUGCACUCAAUAUUGAUUUUGUUUUAUUAAACUUUAAUGCUAAUGUUGUUGAAUAACUGAAUUGUAAAUGCGCUCAAGUGCAAUAGACACACUGCAGUACAUUUUCUGUCUUUACAGAUAGAACAGUACCACCAGGUACAAUUCAGUUGUAUUUAAAAAUAACUAGAAAUUGGUAAAGGCAAAAAUGCGCGGUUGAUGUCUGAUGCUGUCUAAUGUCUUGAAGGAAAAGCUGUGUACUACAUCACAAUUAAAGGAAAAGCAAUAACACCAACAGUGUGAGAGGUGCUUCAGAGAGAACAGGGCUAGUAACUUGCGUGUCUGUGAGCUCCAUGUCAUUGGCAUAGGUGGGAAAAUUUUUAUUUUUUGGAAUGUUCCCUUAACUGUAGUAUAAAUAGAGAGGAGUAAUGGACCCAGCACUGAGCGACAACUUACCCCCUAUUUGAUGGGAAAUAAAGAGUAAUUGCCACCACCUUAUACUGAAACAUAUGUGGAAGGACAUCAGACUGUGGUGUCAAAGGUUACAGUAAAGAUAAUGAGUGUCACAAAUGUUCAAUGGCUUGCAUUAUUUGACAGGUGGACAUAAUGCAACUACAGUACCAAGGCAUGGAAAAAAAUUAGAUAUAAAUUUUCCCUGCAGUGCAUUACCAGUUAAAUACCCAGAGAAGCUGCAGCAAGACAAUCCUUUCCAACAUUUUAAAGAUAAAAGCAAUAUUUGAAAUUGUAUAAUUACUGAGUAGGUUCCAGGGAGGGUUGCACAAGAAACUUUUAUAGCAGUGGUUCUGAAUGAGACUGAAAUCAUCCCAUAUAACAGAGAAGCUUUAACUGCUGUGUGUAAGCUGUAUCACAUAUAAUUGAAGAUCUGAACAGUUUUGUUGGUAUGGGGUCCAAGGGACAGAAAGCAGACUUAGUUGAUCGCAUAAGCAGUCCCAGGUCCUGCUCAGCAGCAGACUCAAAUAAUCACACACACAUACACAAUGUCUACAACUGCUUAUCCCAAGCAGGGGUCACAGCAAA